AUGGGAAGAGGACAAGCACAAAACAGCGUAGAUACGGUGGCAGUGGCAAUAGACAAGGACAAAUCAAGUCAAUAUGCUAUCAAAUGGACAGUUGAAAAUAUUCUCACCAGGGGCCAAGCUCUCACAGUGCUCCAUGUUAAACAUAGAACUGCAGUUUCCAGCCAAACCAGGGGCAUGGUUCCUAUAUCUGAAGUUACAGAGGAGGCUGCAAAAGCGCACAAAAGCCAACUUGAAGCUCAAGCCAACGAGUUGUUUCUACCGUUCCGCUGCUUUUGCGCAAAAAAGGAUCUAAAAUGCAAUGAAGUCAUAAUUGAGGAUACAAAUACAGCAAAAGCACUGGUUAACUAUGUUAUCAAUAAUUCAAUUGACAUUUUGGUACUUGGCGCACCAGCAAGACAAGGCCUUCUCAGAUUCAGAACUACGGACGUUCCAAGCACCGUGUCAAAAGAGGCACCAGAUUUCUGCACUGUGUAUGUCAUUGGCAAAGGAAAGGUCUCAUCUAUGCAUUGUGCUACCAGAACAUUGCCCCGUAAAGCUUCCUCACGUAAUCAAAUACAGGACCAACCCAGCAAAGUUUUUGAAUCAAAUGAUACAUUCAAUCGCAACCAGCAACCUAGAGCAUCAGCGAGGACUCAGUAUCCACCCCGUAGUAUGCUAGAUGGCAUUGAAAUCAGGUCGCCAUUCACAAGAGCAACAGCUUCAAAUAACAAAUCAUAUGAGCUCUCGUCAGAGACCGAUAUAUCAUUCGUGAGUAGUGGAAGGCCAAGUGUGGAUAAAUUGUUUCCUUCUUUCUAUGAUGGUCUGGAAUCAGGACCUCGAAGUUCAAUCAGCUCAGAUAUGGACACCAUAAGCUCUACAUCAUCUUACUCAGGACACAAGUUCAUUGACAUGAAUUCUUUACAACAUGAAUUCUCAUCCUCCUCAAUUGAAAGUGAAAAUUCAUGGUCAUCACGGAAUAUGGAUGAAAUGGAAGCUGAAAUGAGGAGGCUCAGGCUAGAGCUCAAGCAAACGAUGGACAUGUACAGUACAGCCUGCAAGGAGGCACUCACGGCAAAACAGAAGGCAAUGGAACUUCAACAAUGGAAAUUGGAAGAAGAACGAAGAUUACACGAGGCACGAAUAGCUGAGGAAGCUGCAUUGGCACUUGCAGAUGAGCAGAAAAUAAAAUGUAUGGCAGCCAUGGAGGCUGCAGAAUCAGCUCAAAGGAUUGCAGUACUGGAAGCACAGAAAAGGAGGAAUGCAGAAAUGAAAGCCCUUAGAGAAACUGAGAGGAAGAAGGCAUUAGAAGCAAAAACAUAUGAUUUCAUGUACAGGAAAUACACAAUUGAGGAGAUCGAAGUAGCAACAAAUAAUUUUUCAAACAUAAACAAGAUUGGGGAAGGAGGCUAUGGGCCAGUAUACAGAGGUGAACUAGACCACACACCAGUGGCAAUAAAAGUUCUACGUCCGGACGCAGCUCAAGGACGGUCACAGUUCCAGCAAGAGGUUCAAGUAUUGAGUUGCAUGCGCCAUCCAAACAUGGUUCUCCUUCUUGGAGCCUGCUCAGAGUAUGGUUGCCUGGUCUAUGAGUACAUGGCUAAUGGGAGCUUAGAAGACCGUCUCUUCCGGCGAGGCCAAGCCACCAACGGGUUUGACUCAUCAUGUUCAGCGGGCUAUCGAGAACGGGACUUUCCAAGAGAUGCUUGA